AUGUCGAAAGCUUCUACAUGGCAUCCCUACAAUGUCGAACUGCCCGAGGAGACUGCCGAAGAGGAGGUCGAUGACACCCAGGAGAUCCAGAUCGAAGAGGCCUUGAAGCUUUACCAAACCGCCCUCAAAUACCAUUCCGAAGGCCCUCCGUCCUUUGACAAGACCGCCGCAGCUUACAAAGCUCUCUUCGAAUCAGAAAUAUUCAAGUACGCCGAAUCUCUCUCCGAAUAUCAGCGACAUGAGGUGUUUGGUGAGGACCUGGUGUUCGAUACCAUUUUGGAGGAUGACUACGAGGCAGGACCCGUCCAGUCGACAGGCGCCGCCGACAGCGCUCCCAACACAUUACAGCAGAUACUACAUCUUUCCUACAAGAACCAUGGUCAGUUUCUACUCGAAGCUAUGCAGCAUUGGAUUACCACAAGUGGUGCGGCACCUCCGAUGGAGGCAUGGAACAACACACGUGGCGCUCUGAACUACUUCGCCGAGGCCCUGGAUAAAGAAGAUACCGACCUUGAUCUCUGGCUGCGCGCAGCAUCUGUCGCAGCUAUGCUAGGCAGCAAGCGCCUUACUCGAUACUGUCUGGAGGCAGUUUUAGAUGGCAAUGACGAACAAUGGGAGAACUUAUUGCGGCUCCCUGGGCUAGAAGAAGGCUUUGCCGGACAACAACUGCGUGAGCUUGUGGAGCGUCUGGAGGACAAUGUCUCUCUAUGUCAGGCGCCAAUAUCCUCCAUCAAACGCAAGAAGCUGUCCGAGACGCUGAAGAGGCGUCUAAAUCCUUUUCCAUUCGCGCCUCUCCCAGCCGACGUCGCCCUUGCCGAAAACCUACACAACAUCAAGGUGGCUCCAGAGAGUGUGACCCUGACCCCGACCAAGUGGGACUGGGCAGGAGUAGGUGAAAUCAUCGUACGGCAAUUCCAGGCCGAGCAACAGGCAAUGACACCCAAUGUGCCUUCUGGUUCCAACAUAGUCUUCAGCAUACCGCCUGACAGCGAAACUCCUGAGCGCAUCGAGCCCGAACCCACCGCGCCUGUGCAGGAAGCCAUAUUGCCUGCACCGGAACCAACACCAUCACCACAGGUCGAGGAACCCGUAACUACAAUCGCGGACGCGGAAACUGUUACAGAAAAGGACGGCGAAGAUACCAUAAUGGAAGAGCAGGAUGUCGAAAGCGAAGUCAAGAAUGAGGAAGCCGCGCCUGUCGGCCCUUCUAAUGUUGCACCAGUUCCAUCGCGCAAGCGAUCCACAGACUCUGCCGGUCUACCUGAAACUGCAGAGGGAGGAAGAUCGCGCAGUAAACGCAUUCGGGGUCGGGAGAGCUUGAUUGAGCCAACCACUGGCGGAGCAGCCCAAGAGGCCAGCAAGCAGCUUGAUGCGCUACUCGAACCAUAUACGUACACGGACCAAUGUCGUUAUGAGAUUCUCAAGGACAUGUAUGCGCGACUUGGUGUUGAGGGCAUCAAAGACCCUGAUGAGCUACGAAAGCUCGUCACAGCGCUACCCAACGCAACUGCUACAGAUCCCAUCGAUAAAGUCGCUUGCGAUUUCUUCACGGGGCUACGAAGUGGGCAUGUCAAAACUGCUCAAAUCCUUCUCAGUUCCGAGUCAUUCGAUCUUCUCGGAGCAACUAGGGAACACGGGCUGAAUGCGUUCCUCGGUUUUUCUAAAUCAGGUUCAAGUCAAGCCUCUAGUAAGCCUGUGUUAGGUAGUGAGGGGCUGAAUGCGUUUGCUAGGUCUGUCAACAACGGUUGGCUCCCAAUCCAAGACGUCGCAUUCGGUUGGAUUGAGUCUCUCUUUACCCCAGGAUUUUGUUCACAGCCAGGAAUGCAGCCAAGUGAUCAGUCAAGCUAUCUGCAGUUCAGAUGGGCUGAGGAUCUCAAGCGCAACGUUGUACAAGUCAUUGUCCACAUUGAUGAGUACAUAUACGAGCGUAUGCUUGAGCGCGUCGACAUCCUUAAUCGACGAAUGCUGAACGCUACACAUCAGUCCCAAGUGUACGAGCUUUCCGACUUUGACAUUUCGCAGAUAGAGAUAGUGGAGACGUUGUUCGAGCUGCACCUUGACAUUUACUCUCUUAUCAAGCAUCCGCAAAGUGUAAUAGAUACCAGAACACAGGUCCUCCAAAGCGACCGGCUGGAGCGAUGGUCUUUACUUGCGCGAGAGGUCUUACAACUACGAUCUGACUGUCGGCCAAAUCAGGGCGUCGAUGACCUAGCUCUGCGCCACAUCUGGACGACGGUAUUCCAAAUGAGUGUUAAUGACGAGGUAUUACCGGAACAUGUUUUGUCUGCCAUGGCAGAGUUGAAGGAUAUGUUCGAGCCUUUAGGUGAUCAUACGAUUCAAUUACAGAACAAUGCUGUCAUGCCGGAACUGUCAGUCGCCGCUAUUGAGCAAGAACUCGUGCGCAUCAGCAUGAAGGACUUCUUCCUCAAGGUUUUCGAUCAAGAGGAGCAGGAUCCAGUUACGAUUAUAGAAAGCCUGGAGCCGAUUUUGGAGCUCACAAACGUAAGUGAGCCUAACACACCUCCAAAGCCAGAUGGAGCCGAACAUGAAAGCAUUGAUACACCCGGCUCGCCUACCAUAAGUACCAUUUCCGAGCAGCAACUUGAUCAGUCGUCGCCCGUUUUGGAGAUGCGCAAGUUUCUCGAUUCUGCGAACGUCAACGUCCGGCUCUCCCUUUGGAACAGGUUACGUGUCGCCUAUGAGGCUAUCGAUUACCCUUCUAAGGUCUUAUCGUGCUUUCUCCGGAGUAUUGAGGCCCUUGUGGUGGACCUCAGGUCCUCGAACUUCCAAGAACUCUCUUUACUAGACCGUCAACACAAGCUCCUAACCCGAUACCGGGUCAUCGACGACAUGGUCGUCAAAAUCAUUCACAUCAUUCGAGAUGACGAAGCCCCAUUCGCAUGCCUUUCAUAUGAGCAUGUCCAGUCCUCUAUGUCAGCUAUCGCAGCACUGUUACAGAUCAUGUCAGCGGCAGAUAUGCUCCGAGACCUGAUUCGCGUCAACCAUAUUCCUAUGCCCAGAGUCGAAUCACAGCCAAAUUCAGCAUUUGUCAACAUGAUGUCACGGCUCGACGACAUUCACCUACGACUCUGGAUAUUGCAGUACCACCUGCUCAAAGACGGCAUGUCUCAAGAUCCGGAAGCCUUCCCUACUCCGUCUGACGAUCUGUUCGAAUACAUCCGCCAUGUGCACCAUGCCACAGGUGUGCGCAGCUUCUGUCAUCUUUCGGGUCGUCAAUUCUUGAGGCUUGCGAAGGAUGAGUUACUGCGCUUGGACGAUAUCACCGACGGCCCGAGUCAUGCCACUGAGCUCUGCCAGGUACUCAACGAUUUGUACGGACUCAAGUUGUUCGUUGAUCCUCUAGAGUGUCAGAACUUCCAGACUACAACAGACGUCCUCGACAAGAAGACUGCCUUUAGCAUAUUGUCUUUCACGAUGUCGCAAGCUGCAAAGGUCGAUCUCAAGGAUCUACCUAAGACCGAACUCAAAGGUACCAUAGAGAAGGUACAUGCUGCUCUUGGCCGACCUAAGCAGAACGAGGACAUCACCUUCAACCGCAAAGUCAUAUCCACCUACUUUAAAUCGCCUGUCAAUCCGGUAGCACUUUUCGGAUGCCUGAAAGGUGUGGGUUCACUCGCCACGAAGCACAUUCCUUCCGAGGAAGCAGUGGCCGCAUCGAAGGGUUGGUACUAUAUGAUGGGGAACAUCGCGCUGAGCAAGUUUCGAUCACAGAAACGUGUGACCCAAGGACCAACAGAAGACCUCAACUACGCCCAAGCAUUCUUCGUGCAGGAUCUGGAGCAUUCCAUCGAACGUUGGGAGACGUGGUAUCGUCUUGCCCAGGCCAACGACACGCAGCUGGAAGAAGCUGUAUCUUGGAAUGCGGACAAGAUGAACAGCAGCAGCGCUGAAGUGGUUAAUUUCCAACGUGCUGCAAUCAAUUGUUACAUCAUGGCUGUGGCAUGCGCUACUCGCGAAGCUGAUGUUGCGCCGGGUACUCAAAGCAAGAUCGCACAGAUGUACACCGAGUUCGGGAACCGUAUGUAUGCAUCGUCCAGGGAGCCAUUCGGGAUGGAAGCAUUCCAGAUUCGCGAGAGUGAGAAACGAUUCUGCAAUCUACAAACGAACGCGACCCUAUACAAGGAGGUUGUUUUUGUUCCAUUGCAUGCCUACACCGCUUGGAAGUUCGCAAGUACUCUCUACAAAAGAGCUAUUAAAGGAAACCCGAACAAGUGGUGGAAUCACUUCAUGCUUGGAAAGUGUGGGUGGAAGAUGUGGUCGGCCAACGACAGCGCAAUGCAAUAUGCGAAGUCCAUAGGUGCACCACUGGUCCCUCAGCGCGGGCCCACUUGGGAGUCAGUCGUCGACGCCUUCGUCAGCGCCAUCGAAACACUGCCAGGAAAGAAGGGCCGCAGCGGUGAGCCGGUCCUUGAGCCACAUUACAAGCUUGUAUCCAUCACGCACAAGCUAUACCAGCGGGGGGCCAUCAACUACGAAAAAGGGCCCGAGAUCCUUGCAAAUACUUCCUACGCACAGAAUAUCAAAGCUCCAGAGAGCGAAGGCGAUUGGCAGCGAUACGUACUCGCAGUUUUGAAGUCACUGCGUGCCGCCGACAAGUCAAGUUGGCAUCAUCGCAUCAUAUCCCGUGUCGCUCAUACCAUUUACGAUAACGGUAGAGAUCCGGUAUCGGCUAAUGAGGCUAAACAUGAGCUCACCCAGCAGAUGUUCACCAAAACCAUGGCUGUCCAGGUUUGGAAACCUGAGAACGAGCGACCCGGUCGGCAUUUUGUCUACACUACUCGCUAUACCAAAUUUUUUACUGAACUUCUGGAUCUCACUGGAGACAAGACAAACUUCGAGGCUCUUGCUAAGCGUGUACGACGGAAACAGACCGACUUCUUCGAGCACCAGAAGCUGUGGCAGGACUUGUGUCUACGUUAUAUCAAGAUGCUGCGAAAGAUUGGCAGCGUACCUGAAGGUCAAGAAGACUCCGCUUUCAAGUCUGUCAAUCAUGAUGAGUUCAACACAUUGGCUCUUCGCUUGGAAGCGUGGUGUCAAAAUCCAGACACACAGCACCCUGUGCUGGAUGUUCUCCGUGAUGCCAUCGAGCUCAAGCGCUUGAACAACGGCAUGAUGAAGCCCCUUCUCAUUGACGAUCUGAUCGGCGAUGCAUACGCAAUGCUAUACACCUUGAUCGGGCCUACGCUACCUCCAUUACAAUCGGAACAGCAACCACAGCAACCUAUGCAGCCUACUCAAGCUCACCCAUCACCUUUCGCCGUGAAUGUACCUUCUACAGGCGCUGUACCUAUAUCUUCGUUGAUGCAGGUCCAGGUCGACGGCGCUGUGGAAGGAAGCUCCAGUACGCCGUUCAGCAUGUAUCACCCCAAUCAGCUGCAGCCACAGCAUCCUCCAUCAAUGCCGCAGAUGCCAUCGCAGCCCGAGCAGCCCGCAAAAUCAAGAGCGAAGGCUGUGGGGCGUAGAGAGAUCGCUCGUCGGGCCGAAGCGUGUGUCCAAAAGAUUGCCGGUAUGGCUCCUCAGCCAACAUCGAUGCCAAUCCGAUCGCCUGCACCUGGUGAUGCUACACUUCCCUCCAUCGUUGGACAAGCGGCAUCACCUGAAAUCGCUGCACAGCCGGCUCCGGGACCGAGCACAUCCACAGAACAUCUACAGCCCUCAUUCGACAAAAGUGGUACGGCUACUGCAGCUGGCAGUAUGAAUAAUGAUGAGCCCGAGCGCAGUGCACCCGCCUCUAUCCACGAUGACGCCGAUGACGAGAGUGAGCUUAGCGAACUCGACGAGGACGAGGUUGAGGAGAUUCAUCAGGAAGUUCAGAACGACAAUCUGCGUCGAUCGGUAUCCAUUGCUGCGAAACCUCUCUUCCCCAACCUGGCUGCCAACCGAGCCAGCCCUGCAGAAAAGAGGAACGAGACGAUCUCAGAAGGUGGUGACGCGGAUACUAUACACGUCAUUGUACGUGGUGCUAGGAAGAAGGACGAAGAUGAGAUGGAUGUUGAUAACCACUCAUCACCCCGGCAGUCGCGUGGAAAGCAACGCAAGUCAUACCGCGUGGAGGAAGAAUAUUCGUUUCUUGAUGAGGAUGAGGACGGCUCUGCGCCCUCAGGCACGCAAACACCGGCUUUCCCUGGGGGUGAUGACGACGAUGGCGACGAUUUCAUGCCAGACGCCCAGGAGGAGGAGCCUGAGUAUGAAGAAGACGAGGUAGCAGAAGAGGAUGAUGAUAUAUCGGAGGAAGAGGAAGAUGACGAUUCCGAUGAAGAUUCUGCAGGGCCUCCAAGACGCAAUGCGCGUGGACUGAAGGCCGUCCGCGCAGCACCAACCACCCCAGCAAUUCGACGCAACAAGAAACUCACAGACCAUAUCCCGUCACCCAUAACGUUUGCUAAAGGGAGCGGUGUCAAAGUGCGUACUGUUGAUGCCGACACCCAAUUACGGACGCGUGGCAUUCCCGAUUUCGACAAGAUUGGUGGCCAUGAGCCGCGGUUGAAAAACUUGUUCGGUCCUGAUGCCCAGCAUCUCAAGCCUGUCCUGGCUUCACGUGACUACUGGUUCCCACAAGAGACUUUUCCUAUUCGAAGUUUUGCCAAGGUCAGGACUGAUGAUGCUGAGGUUGGCAGCUUGAGAAGGAGCUUCUUCGAAGUCAGCGGUACUAGAGAGAAAGAGAACGAAGUGUUGACGACCUGGUAUACUGACUCUGGGAAGUCUUCUUUCGCGACAGCGCAGAGGACGAAGACCUUGAGUGCAGAUGAGGCCAGAGAGUAUAUACAAACCCCAGGACCGGAAACGGUAAACGUAUUAGCUGGACCUGUGAGCACUCCGCAAGUCGACACACUGGCAAAGAGCUCGUACAUGAACAUUGCAAAACCUUUCCCAGCAACUCGAGAUAGACGCGGUUGGCUUUUCAAUCUCGGCUCCCGGAUACAAGAUGCUCAAUGGGCGACCAACGAAGACAGCAAUACCCAAUAUCUCGCCGUUGCUGUCGAGCAGAAACCUACCAGCGGCGACCAGCCCAAGCCGAUGGAGCAGCCAAAAGCACCAGCGUUCAAUGCUACUGAACCAUUCCCUGCAUCGAUUCAGAUCUGGGCGUUUGAAGCUGUUGAAGCAGGCGAAUUGGAUGCAUCGAAAGAGCCUAGACUUGAGCUCGUCAUCUGUACAGACUGGGGUGCGCCGAAACAACUUAGAUGGUGCCCUAUCGCUGUGACAGACAAGACUCGAAAAUCGGACUACCAUGAAAAAAUACACAUAGGCAUGCUUGCGGGCCUCUGGUCGGAUGGACGAGUGCGUGUACUAGAUGUAUCUGCACCGAUUCCCAAACAUGACCUACACACUCCUACCUAUCUUCACUUUACGCGCGCAGCAUUCGAGGUGUCAUUCCCUCAAACAGUACCUUCAUGCUUACAUUGGCUGUCGGGAACCACGCUUGCAGUUGCGACAGCGGCAGGCACUGUCGGUAUAUGGUCCUUAAUCCGCCCAGGCACACUCACAGCGUCCGACUCCAAUAAUCACAGCCCGAGGCCCUGGUUUUAUCAGCAACUAGCUGACACAUACAUUCUCACGAUAUCUUCCGGAUGGCCAUCUAAUCCGCAAUUCUUGUCUAUUAGUACCGCGGAUGGAUUUGCGCGCCUCAUCGACAUACGAAGCCCGACUGCUGAUACUGUUGUUUCGAUACGUGGUCGGACACUGUGUCUAGCGCAAGCCUGGCAUGAGCAUACACAGUCUUUCGUCAUGCCAGACGAACACUACAUCCUAAGACACACCCCCAUACGUCGCUAUUACCAUAACUUGUACAGCAUGCGACUAGAAAACAGCAUCACCCGUGUCGCAACAAGCCCGAUACACCCCGGCGUACUUGUUGGCGGGACCGAUGGAGAUGUUCAGACAAGCAACCCGAUCAUGCGUAUCACAAACUAUAAGAUCAUGCCAUGGCAACAGAAGUGGUUUGUCCACGAGUGGAGGGGCCCGAUGGAGCGGAUGCUGGUCAAGCCUACUGAUGGAGAUGUCGCAAUGUCCGAAGGAGGACCAGUUGAGCAGCCGAGUGACGACUCCACACCGGUGUCGCAAGCUGGGGAAUCAGCUCAUGAACCUAAGAAGGUACCUCAAGAGAUACUUUCCCAGCCUCUGGUUCGCAUCACCGAAGGAUACAAAGCCGGUCAAACAGGCAUUGCGCACAGCACUGCAGCGACAAGGAAGGGCAACCCGGAAGUCGGAAGGUCCAUCAGUAUCUUUGAAGAGCAGACCGCCAUUACGGCACUUGCUUGGAAUCCAAAUUUGAGGUUCGGCACAUGGGCUGUUGCGGGUAUGGGAUCUGGACUGUUACGCGUGGAGGAUGUUGGCAUCUAA